UGGACUGUGCUGCCUGCCCUUAGCCUGCAAGGCACAGCCCUGGAAACAAGAGGAUUAAACAGCCUCUCAAUUUAAAGAGACAAGGGGGAGGGGAGUGUGGGCUGCACAGCUUAUAAAUAGACAUUGCUCCAGGCUGCCUGAUGAUGAAGUGGUUGUUUGGUAAAUUUUUCUUUUCUAAGGAUGCAUUAUCAGAGACUGUUUCAAACACCAGUUCCAUUUAGUGUUCUGGGUGGGAUGCAUCAGAUCUUGGGCUAUAUUUCUGUCAGUCUUCAGGGCAGGCCUUUAAUAUUUUGAGUCACAUUCCCAUGGAGAACAGAGAUGUUGAUGAUGAUGAUGAUGAUGUGUCUUUUGCCAAAUGGAUGAGCAGCUUUUGGGGUCACAGCUGGAGAGACAAGGACGAGCGAGGACUCCGGGACCGCAACCGACCACGUGAAGCCGGCUACAGGAAGGCGUCCCUGCCCUGUCCAUUUCCUGCAUUGCCCAGCAUUACAUCACCUGACUGCCACCCUAGACGACAUUCUCAUGAGGACCAUGGAUCCCGAACCCAUCUUCCCAUGCGGUAUCACAGAAAAUGCUCAGUGGAUGGGUCAUUCAAGGAGCCAAUGGGAUCACAAAGAGGAAAUCAUCCCCAAAUGCAGGAAUUUUCAGAAUCCUUUGAACAGCACCUAUGCCUUCGAGCCAAGCACUCUCCCUCUUCGGGACCCAAGGGCUGGAAGGAUAGAAACGAAAGACAUUGCCUAGGGACUGACACAAGAUCCCACAAGAAACUGGAGGACAGAAGGAACUCAAUGCAGGAGACACAUGGAGAUGCACCCAUGGAUCCCCUAAUUGAAAAGGGGCCUGAAUAAUGCUUUGUUUCCACAUCUCAGUGACAGAUGUCACUGACUGUUCUGAGACCCAGUUCUUCCUCCAGAAUGUCAGCUUGUAAGGGUGUCUGCAGAUGCUGAGACUGAAGUGGGCAGUUGGGAUGACUGCUUCUCAAGAUGACUUGUGUCACACUCCAGAUGACUUUGACAUCUUGAGUGUAUAAUCUGCUUUUUAUGUCUUUCUAUGGUAAGAAAAAAAUAAAGGUAUUUGAGCAGAAUAAAAGGAUUCCUAAAAUUGUAAAA